AUGUUUGGCCGUGUCAACAAGUACAGUCAGAGGAACGGCACAGGGAAUUCCACAAGACGGGACAACCUAGCCUUCGUGUUCUCGGGCCACGGAUUAAGCACAACCAGCACCUUGACAGACCGUCGGGACGAGCUGGACCAUGCGCUCCUGGCUGCCGAUCUCGAGGACCCAUUCCCAACCAACCUGCUCUACGACACUGAGCUGCAGCAGCUCUUUGCCCUGCUUCCUGCCGGCGUGCUUCUGACUUGCAUCAUUGACGCCCCGAGCGGCGAUUCCGUGCUGCAACUGCCAAUCUACUUUGACGCCAAGACAGGGUGCGCAGCUGAGCAGUGCGCUUUGAGGUCCGAUGCGAUGAUCGCCUUGCUGGUAAUCCUUCUGGCGUGUCUCCAGUCUGGCUAUGCUUCGUUCUUGACGACCACCGCUGACUUCUUUCAGACAGGAUGCUUUCAAUUGCUCGACGGCACCUACACCAAAGACAUGUCCUCGACCUUCGGGACUACUUCCUGUGGCAAUGCCCUCUGUCCUCCUUGUUUUCUAUUGGAAACAAACAGUGGCGCCAUCUACCUGACCAUCUCCUCGUGCCUCAGUGCUGAAUUCAACACCGGCUUGAGCAGUCUCUCCCUCACGGUGUUCUCCACGUUUACCUUCAUCAAUACUGGUCGCGGUGCGGCCCUCAUCUCGGACGGCACCAACAGUUACAUGGUGACGCGGAGCGGCCACCGAGGCCUGGGGAGCAAGUGUAGCUGCAUUACGUCGAACCUCCUGACCUGCGAUGCGUCUGUUACACCGGUGAUGUUCCAGACAACCGAUGCCACCCUCGCGUCGAGACCUUCCUCGGAGUGCGUGUCCAUCACCGCAGACUCAACUUACGACAUGAGUGGGCGGCAGUGCGCUUUCGGAUCGGCCUAUUGCCCUUCUUGCUGGAUCUUGGACACCUCCAGCAACACGGUCAGCCUCACUCUGACGAACUGCAACAACUACUUCAAGAUUGACGUUGGCUCGAACAGCGCCAUUAUGUCCUACACCUUCGUGAACACAGGUUCGAAUGCUGCGACGCUGUCAGACGGGACGAACGAUUACACACUUGCGGCCCAGGGAACUGGGACAUCUCACACGCACUGUGUGUGUCAUAUUUCUGGCGCAAGUCAUUUGUUGGCCUGCGAUGUACCAGCAAUUGCUGCAACAGGAAGCACGCCCAUCAACACCUUUCCGCAGGACAUUCAGGUGGCCACCCAAGUGAGAUUUGGUGGCAGCACCACCUAUCUCAACUACGUCAGCGGAACGCCGGCUUUGGAGAUGUACGUCGGCUCGAACCGCGCACUGUCCGGCACGAGCACUGCUGGGGGAUCUGGGUUUGGAGCUCAGGUUUUCGCAGAAGUCCCUGGUAGACACUUCAAAACCGUCCGCACAAGGGUCUGCCGGGUUCAGCCCUAA